GCAGUGGAUUGAAUGGCCGAACUAUCCUUCAAGUUCAUUGCCGGUCUAGCUGACCCAUCACGCCUCGUUGGGCUUUGUUUAGGUGGAAGUCAGCUUGUCAAACUCUGGCCAAUACCAAAGAAAUUGGGCAACUUGAAGCAUUUGGAUCUAAGUUGUAGCUUUGGAUUGACAAAAACCCAUAAUUUUGGUGAUAUGCCAAAAUUGGAGACACUAAUUUUAGAGAGUUGUACGAAUUUGGAAGAGGUCCUUCCCUCUCUUGGACAUUGCAGAAUGCUUACAUAUUUGGAUUUGUUUGAUUGUCACAAACUUAAGAAGCUUCCAGAAUUGAAAUUGAGCAAUUUGAAGCAUUUGAAUCUACGCGGGUGCGGUGGGUUAACAGAAACCCCUAAUUUUGGUGAUAUGCCAAACUUGGAGACACUAUAUUUAUGGAGGUGUGAGAAUUUGGAAGAGGUUCAUCCCUCUCUUGGACAUUGCAGAAUGCUUACAUAUUUGGAUUUGUCUGAUUGUCACAAACUUAAGAAACUUCCAGAAUUGAAAUUGGGCAACUUGAAUAAUUUGAAUCUAAGCCGGUGCGGUGGGUUAACAGAAACCCCUAAUUUUGGUGAUAUGCCAAGUUUGAAGGCACUACAUUUAUGGUGGUGUAAGAAUUUGGAGGAGGUCCAUCCCUCUCUUGGACAUUGCAGAAUGCUUAUAUAUUUGGAUUUGUCUGAUUGUCAUAAACUUAAGAAGCUUCCAGAAUUGAAAUUGAGCAAUUUGAAGAAUUUGAAUCUAGGCGGGUGUCGUGGGUUAACAGAAACCCCUAAUUUUGGUGAUAUGCCAAACUUGAAGACACUAAAUUUUGGGGGAUGUAAGAAUUUGGAAGAGGUCCAUCCCUCUCUUGGACAUUGCAGAAUGCUUACUCAUUUGACUUUGUCUGAUUGUCACAAACUUAGGAAGCUUCCAAAAUUUGCUACCAUGGAAUCUCUUGAUAAAUGCACAAGUUUAGAAGAAUUUCUAGAAAUCUGUGGAGAUAUGCGGCGCUUAACAAAACUGAUCAAAAAAUCUACUGGUAUAAGAGAAUCAUUUAAUCGCCUUCAUCCAUUGGGAAUCUGAGCGACCUCACUGAGCUCAAUCUGAAAGGUUGUGAAGAUCUUGUAAGUCUACCAGACAGCCUCUGUAAUUUGAAUAAUCUUAAACAUCUUGAUCUUCGUGGCUGCAAAAAGCUAGAGAAGCUUCCAGAAAACAUCGGUGAAUUGCAAGAGUUAGAGACACUUGAUGCAAGAGAAACUGCAAUCUCCCAACCACCUCCGUCCAUCACCAAGCUUGGCAAACUUAGUAAUAUCAAUAUUUUGGGUGGGCUUCCUGAGGAUUUAGGAUCUUUACAAUCUUUGAAAAGGCUGGAUGUUAGUGGAAGUAAUUAAUCUUGCUUACCCAAAAGCAUCAAAGAACUCUUAGGGCUUAGAACCUUAAAGUUCAAUUUCGUAAUCUUAAUGAAUUUCCAGAAGAGCUACCCCCAAAUUUGGAGAAUUUAUAUGCAGAUUAUCAUUUAGCCUUGAAGAGCACCAGAGAUCUAGUAAAUCAGUGUCUUAAGUUGCGUUCUCUCCAUAUAUCAUGGUCUUGUCAUGAAAAAACCGAUUAUGGAACUGUCUCAACUUGCCAAGUUAAUGUGUUGAAGUUGUUACAACAUUUUCGCAGGACAUGUAUCCAGUGUGACUUCUACCAAAGGGAUUAUUUUCUUAUUUCUUUUCCUGAAGUCAAAAUUCCAGAGUUGUUUUAUUAUCAGUUUAUAAAUCAAAAAGAGAUCUCAAUUGAACUGAACCCAUCUUGGUAUACCGAUAAAUUCAUGGGUUUCUCAAUAUGUUGCAAUCAUAAUGACAAAAAUUUGGUAGCUACAUUGGUAUGCAAAUCUGAUCCUGAAAGAAAACAUUCCUUGAAGUAUAACUUCCUUGGAUAUUGGACCCUAUUUUCUUCUAUCAAUAUGUGUUGCAUCUACAUACCAUUUGAAACAUUGUGGCGCGCUUCUGACAAUAAAGAAAGGAAAAACCCAAAUGAUUAUUGCCGGUUUGAGGUAUCUAAAGAGUACGGGGAAACAUGUUGGGGAAUUCGCCUGGAGUAUGAAAAUAAAGAUAGGAGAUGCAGAAGGAAGCAACGAGCGAUGCAAAGUUGCAAACUCUUUCCAGUUCCGAGAAAAGAUACUGCGGCAACAACUGAAAUUGAGCAACUAGAACCAUCACACACUUCUGGACAUUUGCAAGCGUCUACUGAUCAUAACAUUGCAACAGACAUGGGACUACAUUUGGGAUAUGAGAAUGAAGAUGUAGAGGUGGAUCAAGAAGCAAUGGCAGUUCAAAAGGAACAUGAAUCUCAAAAUGUUGAGCUGACUAGAGUUUGUGAUAGCCCAUCAAGGAAAAUGGGUGAUGCUUCAAGAAAGAGAAAGAGAAAAAGAAAGAGAAAUAGAAACAAAAAGAGAAAGAUAGCAGGGACAGAUAAGACUAUCUUCUCUUAUUUUACCAACAAGCACACAUGAUUUUGAUUGGAUCAUGAGAAACCUCUUCCUUUUCUAGCAAAAAGGGUUACCCAAAGGAGAAAAUCGAGGAAGCAUCUAUCCAAUCAGUUAUUCAAAACAAAGACGACAUAAUGAGGGAGCAAUUGACUAAAGUCAACAUCAAAGCCAAGUGCGAGGAGCUUUGCAAGUAAGAUCUUGUUUCCUUGAGACAAAGAUCCCCUUUUAGUUUUGAGUAGGCAGAACCAUUCGGUUUUGGUUCUUCUCCACGGGUGAUCCAAGAAUUUUUCCUAUUAUUUUUUCAACGGAGAUUUUGACAUAGAAGGAUCUCUUUAUUUCUUCACCGCGGGUUCUCGCAUCAAUUUUCUUGAGAAAGAUGCUUGCUAUUACUCGAAUCGUUCUUCAGUUUUAUUCCUUGAUGCUUUAGGCCUCUGCUUUUAUGUGUCUUUCGGUAAAGCUAAGAUCAAGGUACCUGGUGAUAUCAUUCUCAGGUUGGUGCUACCUCGAGUGAAGAGAAGUCUGAAACCAGAAUCGUCGUGGUAUCAUCUUACUCUUGGAGGAGCAAAUUAUUGAUAUACUGCAAAGUUGGUUCAUGUUAAGAUGACUUCCAAAGUGGCAUAUAUGUUUGAUCACUGUGUCAAUGUGGUUCAUGUAGGGACAUGGCUCUUGACUUACUUCCUCUUUAAUCCCUCUAGUUCUGAAUGACAAAAGAUAUUUGACAAAAGCAUUUAACUAGGGCAUGCAUCCAGUGUGACUUCCACCAAAGGUUUUAUUUUGUCAUUUGUUUUCCUGAAGUCAGAAUUCCAGAGUCGUUCCGUUAUCAGCUAACAAAUCAAGAGAAGAUCUCUAUUAAGCUGA